AUGCUGCAGCGCUGCGGGCGGCUGUAUUUCAGCAGGACGCCGCCGUGGCUUGCCGGCGAUGUGGCUGCCCUUUUCGAGCGGUACACGGAGAUUGAGAACUCCAACGAACGACGGAUUAGUGCACUGAAGGCGUGCGGCAUGUUUGACGACGAGUGGAUCGCCACGGAGAAGGUGCACGGCGCCAACUUUGGCAUCUACUCCAUCGAAGGGGAGAAAAUGAUACGCUACGCGAAGAGGAGCGGGAUUAUGCCCCCCACAGAGCACUUCUUUGGCUAUCACAUUUUGAUACCGCAGCUGCAGCAGUACGUCGCCGCCACGCGUGAGAUGCUCUGUGACAAACUGCAGAAGAAGCUGCACACCGUUCUCGUAAACGGUGAGUUGUUUGGGGGGAAGUACGAUCACCCCAGUUUGCCCAAGUCGCGGAAGACGGUGAUGGUGGCUGGUAAACCCCGGACAAUUAGUGCCGUGCAGACGGACCCGUUUCCGCAGUACAGUCCGGACCUUCAUUUUUAUGCGUUUGACAUCAAAUACAAGGAGACCGCGGAUGCCGACUACGCCACGCUCAUGUUUGAUGAGGCAACCGAGCUGUUUCAGAAGAUCCCCGGGCUACUGUACGCGCGGGCCAUCAUUAGGGGGCCCAUGUCGAAGGUGGCCGCCUUCGACGUGGAGCACUUCGUCACCACCAUCCCCCCGCUUGUUGGGAUGGGCAACUACCCGCUGAAGGGCAAUUGGGCAGAGGGGCUCGUGGUGAAGCACGCGAAGCGGGGAAAGCCCGGCUUUGACCCCAAAGGCUUGACCAUCAUAAAGUUUAAGUGCACCGCCUUUCAGGAGAUCUCGACGGACAGACGCCAAGGGCCUCGCGUUGACGAAAUGGAGGCUGUGCGGCGGGAUUCCAUUAACCGCUCGGGUGUUCAGCUGCCGGACCUGGAGAGCGUCGUACAUGAUCCGGUGCAGCUGGAGGCCUCCAAGUUCCUGCUGGAUCACGUCUGUGAGAAUCGCCUGAACGCCGUGCUGUCGAAGAUUGGAACAGACCCCUUUGAAAAGGAGGAGAUGACGCCGGAUGCGCUGGCGACGCUGCUGGCCAAAGAUGCCUUGAAGGAUUUUCUCAAGGAGGCGGAGCCCGCCAUCGUUAACACGCCCAUUCUUACGCGCAGGGACAUGGUAAGGUACGUCCUCUUCGAAUCGAGGCGGCUUGUCUGCUCGCGCUGGAAGACGAUUCUCCAACGGCAGACGCCGGACCUUGUCGGGUGA